CGCAGAGAAGGAAAAGAUAGAGGAGCUGGGGAAAGGAACGCCUGAGGGAGAGGAGCAAGAAGGAGGGAAGGAGGAAGGAGCUGAGGAAGAAGAGGAGAAGGAUGGAGAGGCGGGAACCGAGGCGGCGGAGGCUCCUUCGGGCGGCGGAUCGCGGAGCCAGGCUGCAUCUGGAGAGAGUGGCCCCGAGGAGAGCCUCCCUUCGGUGGAUGGAGGAGGAACCCCCGAGGAAGGAGAAGAAAGAGGGGAAGAUGCUGCUUCUGCGUCCCUUGGAGACCCCCAGGAGGAAGAGGAGGAGGAGGCCGCCCCCCAAGUCCAGUCUGGCGAUGAUUCCGCCGAGGGAGUCCCCCAAGGGCCAGAGGAAAGAGGGGCUGCCCUGGAGGUGAAUGGCAUGCAAGGAAAGGAGGAGGAGGAAGAAGAAGAAGAGGCGGCGGGGGAAGAGCCCAGCCUCCUCGCUGCGCCUCUGGAAGAGAAGCAAGAGCACGACAUUUCCCUCUUCGUCAAGGCUGGAAGCGACGGGGAAAGUAUUGGAAACUGUCCAUUUUCUCAGCGCCUCUUCAUGAUUCUCUGGUUGAAAGGUGUUAUUUUUAAUGUUACAACUGUAGACUUGAAACGGAAGCCUGCAGAUUUACAGAAAUUAGCUCCAGGAACAAACCCUCCAUUUAUGACUUUUGAUGGUGAUGUGAAAAUAGAUGUGAAUAAAAUUGAGGAGUUCCUAGAAGAAAAACUAGCACCACCCAGAUAUCCCAAACUUGCACCAAAUCAUCUGGACUCUUACUCUGCAGGAAAUGAUGUGUUUGCUAAGUUUUCUGCAUUCAUAAAAAACACAAGGAAAGAUGCCAAUGAAAAUUUGGAAAAAUCAUUGCUUAAGGCUCUAAGGAAAUUGAAUAACUACUUAAAUACCCCUUUGCCUGAAGAAAUUGAUGCCUAUAGCACUGAAGAACUCAUUGUUUCCAGAAGGAAAUUCCUAGAUGGGGAUGAACUGACAUUAGCAGACUGCAAUCUCUUGCCAAAACUCCAUAUCAUCAAGGUUGUGGCAAAGAAAUACAGAAAUUUUGAAUUUCCAUCUGAAAUGACUGGAAUCUGGAGAUACUUGAACAGUGCAUAUGCUAGAGAUGAGUUCACAAAUACUUGUCCUGCAGAUCGAGAAAUAGAGUUCGCCUAUUUGGAUGUUGCAAAAAGAAUGAAAUAAAUUGAGAUUUUUCUAUGUCUAUAUUCCUUCAGUGAGUUUAAUCUUUAAAAAAAUAAUUAUCAAGAACAAAAUGCAAAGUCCACUCAGUAGCAAAGUUUUAAGUUCUCAAACUGGCCAGCCAGAUGUAAUAAUUUUAUUGAUUUAGUCAUUCAACUAUUGUAUAUUUUUAUAUAUGUCACCAUAUACAUAUGUCCAUAUGUGCAAACAGAUGUUUGUAUAAUUAUGCUGGCAUAAUGGAUCAAUAUUCAAAACAUUUCCAAACAUCUUAGAUUCUAGAUUACACAGAAAUUAGUUUUAGACAUAAAUGUAGCAGAAGCUCUUGUUUAGAAAAAUAGAUGUGAAGGAAUCUGAAUGAAGUUAUUCAUGCAAUCCCACAUGUCUUAUUGUUAUACCUAUCAUGUAUGGAUGGUUGUUCAAGUUCAGCAGUGUCUGUAUGCCAACCACAGCUGAUUGACAUUCAAAAACCCACUUCCAUACAUAAUCAUUCUGUUGGGAUUUGAUCAGCCCAUUGUGGAUGGAAACCAGUGGAAAUCAUCUGUGGAUUUUGAUGACUAUGGGUUAUACAGUACUGUUAACUGAGUCAGAGCCACUUGAUCAAAAACAAAAUAGAAUUUGCAGUGGCUAUCAUGUGACAUUCCUUAAACUUCAGCAAGAUGUAGCAGCUUGAGUAUGUGUUGAUCAUAUGCUUUUAUGCUCCACCAAAUACUAUAGUUAAAAUGCUGCAAGCAAUUUUUUUUACAUGUUGUGUAGUUUAUAGUCCUAAGACUCACUGUUGCAGAACCUUAGUAUAGGGAACACAAAUAACAGUGGCAAUACAAUAUCACAACAUUUGACACUGUAGCAACAUUAUAAUGAUGUGAUUAAUUUCUAAAAAUAAUUGUGCCAGAAAUAAAAGGUACCUGUCAAACCAGGCUCUCUGUCUUCCAAGCUUUUUACGUCUAAUUCCAGAUGAUGGCUCUAGUGUUGGUUACUCAUGCAAAAGGAAAAGCCAGCCUGCACACGGAAAAAGGGCUAUUGCUGCAAAUAUUCCAGUCUGUGGUGCCUGCAGUGGCCAAACAGGUCUUGUGAGCCAUCUUGGGUCCCUUUUUAGGAAGAAGGUGACAUAAAAAUGAAAUAAAAUAAAAUAAAAAGCAGAACUCAUCAAUUCUCUUGCUGUCUCUAGAAUGCAUCUCCUCUGUCCUAACUGAGAGAUAUUUGUUUCUUGUAGUCAUCAUCAUACUGUUUUUGUUUUGUUUCAAAGCUGCUGCCAAAUUUGUUUGCUGACUGAAGUCUUUUAAAGCUGUAUCCUGCACUGUAGAGCCUCCCUAGACCAGAGGAUCGAACUAGAUGAUCUACAAAAGCACUACAAGCUCUAUGAUUCUGUGAAAGGAAAAAAAAAACACACCUGGAUUUUUCGCUCUCAGUGUGUAUGUAAUAGCAUUGGGAAGAACAAAGCACUUGUCCUUGUUAUAUGACCCUACCAGCUCAUACCACUCUAUUAGCUUGCAUAAAGAAUCAAAAGCUUGUAAAAGUGUCAGAGGUUUGUGAACCAAAUACUUUUGAAAAGCAUUGUGUCUGACAUGAUUUGAAAGUCCUGCCAUAGUUGUUGCCUGGAUGGCUUAUGCCCACUUGCUACAGUUAAUCAAGUAAUGAACAAGCAACAGUAAAUAUGGUUCGCUUUUGAGAAAACUGA